GGGACGCGGAGGUGGAGAGAUGCGGGCGCACUCGGGAUGGGAGAGGACGCGUUGAGGAGGCAGCCCGCUCUCUAACUAUGGACAUUCUGUCUUCUAGUUUUUGGAAUAAGGACUUAAAAGACUUUGCAUAUUGCGUUGUCUCUUUACCUCUCCCUCUGUGUCUCUCUCUCUUUUUCCAAAGAAGAGACUUGCAUGCAGGAGGUGGAAGAUCGCAGGUGAGGAGAGGAGAAAAAUGCAAUUUGCAGCAGAUUUCUGUAGUAAAAUAUACGCUGAGAACCUAAUGGGAUAUUUCUACAGAUUAUUUCCGCACAUUCUAAUUUUUUAAAAGACAUACCUUGACUAAAGAAAAAAAAAAAAAAAAUAAGACUCAAAAUGGAUUUCUUGAAUAGCUCCAGCCUGGAGGACGGGAUACAGGCAGAAAAUAUCUCCUCUAAUUCUACCUCUCAGAGCCAGUACAGCCAGCUCGCUAUCUGGGCUCUGGCCGGACUUGUCAGCUUUCUGAUUUUGUUUACAAUAGUCGGGAACGUCUUGGUUGUUAUCGCCGUUUUAACGAGCAGAGCUCUGAAGCCACCUCAGAAUCUUUUUCUCGUCUCUCUGGCCAGUGCGGACAUACUGGUGGCCACCCUGGUCAUGCCCUUUUCUCUGGCAAAUGAACUCAUGGGCUACUGGUUUUUUGGCAAAAUUUGGUGUGACAUCUACCUGGCUCUGGACGUUUUAUUCUGUACCUCUUCUAUUGUUCACCUGUGCGCUAUUAGUUUGGACAGGUACUGGUCAGUGACACAGGCGGUCGAGUAUAACUUGAAGAGAACGCCUAAAAGAGUGAAAGGGAUGAUUGUGGUGGUGUGGCUGAUCUCAGCGGUCAUCUCCUUUCCACCGCUGAUAUCAAUGGACAGGAGCAGCAGCGAGGCCAGUCCCCAGUGUAUCCUGAAUGAUGAGACCUGGUACAUCCUCUACUCCAGUCUUGGCUCUUUCUUUGCCCCCUGUGUCAUCAUGAUCCUGGUCUAUAUUCGGAUCUACCAAGUGGCAAAGACCAGGACCAGAACUAUGUCAGAGAAGAAGAGGGACGUGGACUCGCCGCUGGAGAAUGGGAUGGACCAAGCCGAAGCAGGCCGAGGAGGGUCAUUAAAGUCCAACCGGGACGGGAGCACGAAAGAGCAGGACCGCGAGAACGGACACUGCAAAGAGCAGGCAGUCCGAUCCCCUCUGGCCAACGAGCCCAAACACCCGCCGACAGACCACGACGACGACUUCGACGACAGCAGCUCUUCGGACGGGAAACCUAAGAAGAGUUCCAGUUCCUCCAAACAUCACCGUGACGACAUAAAAGACAGGAAGUCCAGCCGGAAAAGCAGCUCCGCCUCUAAAUACUCCAGCCGGAAGUCGCGUGCCAGUUCCAAGUCUAUGGAGCUGUUCUCGUCUCGCCGUAAACGCCGGAGCACCGUCAAUCGGAAGAAAGUCUCCGCCGCUCGGGAGAAGCGCUUCACCUUCGUCCUCGCCGUUGUCAUGGGCGUUUUCGUCGUUUGCUGGUUCCCGUUCUUUUUCUCCUACAGCUUGUAUGGAAUCUGCCGGGAGCCGUGCCAGAUUCCCGAGACGCUGUUCAAGUUCUUUUUUUGGAUUGGCUACUGUAACAGCUCGCUAAACCCAGUCAUCUACACCAUCUUCAACCAGGACUUCCGCAGAGCCUUCCAGAAGAUCCUCUUGGCAUGUACCAUAGACUGGCAUCACGAGCAAUUUGCUCUCCCAGGCAUGUGUUCGCAUCUUCCACUCCCCACUGAGAAAAAAGAUGGAAUACAGAGGUACUGCUGAGGUGUGUGUGUGUGUGUGUGUGUGUGUGUGUGUGUGUGUGUGUGUGUGUGUGUGUGUGUGUGUGUGUGUGUGUGUGUGUGUGUGUGUGUGUGUGUGUGUGUGAGUGAGUGAGUGAGUGAGUGAGAGAGUGUGGAAGAGCAAGAGAGGACAAAGUGCAACAGUGAAACUAUGUGUUGAUAAAAUGAGCAGGAGAGUUUACCGCAUCUUAUCCAACUGCUAGUUAGUGAUUGUCUGUGUGUGUCUAUGAGCGUGUGUGUGUGUGUGUGUGUGUGUGUGUGUGUGUGAGCCUACUUUCUUAAAUGGCCUGAUUUCUUCUGGUCUUUCUAUUCUCCACCACCCUAUUUUGUGUCACACAUCUUUUCUCUACCUUACAGCCACAAAAAGCACUUAGCUACAGAAAAAAGCAAAACACCUUAUCACUCUGUUCUAUGUCUGGUGAUCACACGCACACGCACACACACACACACACACACACACACACACACACACACACACACACAGUCAGUAUUUCAUCUUUACAUUUUAAGCAUUUACAGCCAGAAGGGCUAAUGCUUUUUUUUUCUUCUUCCCUUGUGUAAAUAAUUGAAGACAAUACAGUAUUAUUGUGUGGUGCUUCAUAAUCACACAUGUAUCAAUAUGAUAAAAAAUGUAUUGUUUGUAUAAUGAACAACGCUUUAAAAGUUUUUCAUGUGACACCAACCUCUCUCCUUUUCUAAAAGAUCAAGUGUUUACCUCUAUGCUUUGAGCACAUUCAUACGAUCAAAUAAAGAGAUUACUAACUGUCAAAUGAAAAUUGAAAGAGUGCAUGACUGCAUUCUUCAUCACUGUUAAUUCUUGUAUUUCUUUUUACUGUUGUGCCACUGUUGUUUUAUUUAUUACACUGUAAGCUGCUGUUGUUCAGGCCCCGGAGCAUCAAUCCACUCAAAGAAUGUGAAAUAAAUGGAAAUUACAUUCACGCUUUAA